UCGACGGCGACGCCAUGUUUCCCCGAUGCAAUAGUCGCCAGGAGUCGCUCGCGAGCGGAAGGGAAGUGAUUAUCGACCGUCAGUGAGAAAUGGAGGAAGAUCUGAUUGUAAUGAGCGAAGUUCACCUUGGCUGCCCACCCGACGUCUCUGGAUCCCAUGUCUCCCGCUUCACUGUCGCCCUUCCACCAGACGUGCCAGACGAAGGAGGUUGUUCAGCCCAAACAGCCAUCAUUUUUGAUGAAGAUGGUGACCUUAUUGUAUCGAGAAAAAAAAAGAAAUCAGAAAAUAGUUUUUCCAUCACAAUUCAGCACAGAAUUACUUCAUCAAUUCCUAGUGUAGGUCUGCAGGUAUGGAGAGCAGAAUUACUACUGGCUGAUUUUGUGUUGCACAAGAUUGUCACUUCAUCGGAUUUCAAUGAUAUUGUUGCCAUUGAACUUGGUGCUGGUACAGGCUUGGUUGGCAUGUUGCUUGGACAUGUUGCCAAAACCAUCUACCUAACAGAUUAUGAUGACGAAAUACUAGACAAUUGCAUUGACAAUGUGCAUCUCAACUCUAGAUUGUUUCACUGUAAUGCUUCAGUAUAUGUACGUAAACUUGAUUGGAGAAAUUCAUGGCCCCCUAAAGUUGAGAAUGUUCCCUCUCAAGAAAGGUAUAUUUGGACUUCAUCAGAAGUUGAUGAAGUUGAGAGCGCUCCUUUGAUCGUAGCAGCUGACGUUGUUUACAGUAACGAGCUUACUGAUGCAUUUUUCAAUACUCUGGAGAGAUUGUUGUCUCAUAGACCAGAGAAGGUGGUAUAUGUGGCUUUAGAGAAGCGAUACAACUUCACUCUGGAUGAUCUGGACAUAGUCGCAAAUGGUUAUUCACACUUCCUGAGUUACUUGAGAAAGGAAGGUAACUCUGCAGAAAGCGUGGACCUUGAUUCUGCUAACAACAAUAAUAGUCUUGUGGGUAAGCUCAUUGAACUAACACAUAUUCCGCAGUACGUGAGAGAGUAUGAUAGAGGAAAUGACACUGAGCUUUGGGAGAUCAAGUAUGUGGACAACAAAUCACUUUCUUGAUAUUCCAAUAUUGGCUUGCAUACUCACAUUUUCAUCACACCUUUCUAUUUAAGGAAUUCAUUGAAAUAUAUAUAUAUAUAUAUAUAUUAUAACAAAGAUCAUCUUACCUUUGUUUUGUUGUUUCCUUUUG